CCUAGAAUUUCGUGUUUUUGGUUGACACCACAUACAACCCUAAUUUAAUUUUGCACCAGUUUUAAGUUUAUUUUAAUUUAAUUUACUAUGGCAAUGUCAUCUGAUUCCACAAGUACUUUUAAAAAAACUUUACCAUGCGAACCAGCUGCUUCUCCGAUAUGCAUUAUUGUGCUUGGAAUGGCCGGUUCUGGAAAAACGACUUUCGUGCGAAAACUCACAGAAGUAUCAUCCGAGCACUUCAAACCGUAUGUUAUUAAUCUUGAUCCAGCAUGCCGCGAAACACCCUACCACCCCAAUAUAGAUAUUCGCGAUACUGUCAAUUAUAAAGAAGUAAUGAAACAAUAUAAACUAGGACCAAAUGGGGCUAUUGUCACUUCUCUGAACCUCUUUGCCACCAAAUUCGAAAAGGUCGUAGAACUAAUUAAACGUGCUGGAGAGCAGGGUCAUAAGUGGUGCAUUAUUGAUACUCCCGGACAGAUCGAAGUCUUUACCUGGUCUGCAUCGGGCAUAAUUAUUACAGAAGCCCUAGCGACGGGUUUUCCAACGAUUGUUGUUUACGUGAUGGAUGUGGUUAGGUCUGUCAGUCCUACAACAUUUAUGUCAAACAUGUUGUAUGCUUGUUCAAUUCUAUACAAAGCGAAGUUGCCGUUUAUUGUCGCAUUAAAUAAGAUUGACGUCCAAAGCCACGACUUUGCAAUAGAAUGGAUGCAGGACUUCGAAGUAUUCCAGGAAGCUUUAGAAAAGGAACACUCAUAUGUAAGCAAUCUAACGCGUACCAUGUCAUUGACUCUAGAUGAGUUUUAUAAAGACUUGAGAACUUGUGGGGUUUCAUCUAAAACAGGUAUUGGAUUUGAUAAAUUAUUCGACCUGGUCAUGAGCGGAGCCAUAGAAUACGAAAAAGAUUAUAAAACUGAGUUCAACAAGUUACGCUUUCAAAAAUUGGAACGAGAUGAAAAAAAGUGUAAACAAAAACUUGAUCAAAUUGCUUCAAGUACGGGAGCUGGUUCUGAAGUGCCAUUUUCAACAUUCAUUGAAGAGACUUCUGCAGGACGUGAACUCUCCGAUGUAUACCUCAAACAUCCUGGCAAUGAAAGUUCCGAAGACGAAGAAGGCAACGAAGAAAAGCCUGUUAGUUUUGCUGAUGAUGAACUUGAAGAGUAUAAUUUCAACCAAUUUGUUUCUAAACGGAAAACUUCACAGGAAGAGAAACAAAAUAAAAUAAUCAACUUGAGCUAAGAUUA